CCGUGCUGCUCAGAUACAGAGAAUCGCGUGAGCCGACCGGACUAUAGAGGCAAAACUGCGGAAAAAUUGAAAGCGAAAAUCUCACCAAGUUUUUUUUUGUUGCGUUCGUAACGUUGUUAUUAUUAUAUCAUCACCGCGCGGCGACCCACAGCACUCGAAUUUGUACAACGUAAUAGCGGCGGAAUCUCGGUUUCGCGAAAAAGGUUGUAAACGCGGCGAUUCCAUAUUGUUCUCCGGUAGUUCCAGCACGGAGUUUUUCCGGAAGUGGGGCAGGACAUGACGACAGCAGAGUGACGAUGGCCUCAGGGGAUAGUGCGUUCAAUAACGCGAUAAACAGAUGUAAUAGGCGCCGAAAGUAUUGCUGCCUGCUGCUGUACAGGCUGGGGAGAUAAUCUUUGGCUGACGGAGCAUUCGCGGAACUUUGUACGGCCGGAUCGAACGAACGAACGAAAAAAAAGAUGACGAGCUAAAAUGGCCGUCGAGCAAAGUUCGGCUCUGGACAAGCAGUAACGAGUGCUGUAACAUCGCAAAAAGUGGUGAGAAAAGGUGCCGAUUCCAGCAGGACCAUCAUCUUCGGGUAGCACAUCCCGGUAACGUGGUUGAGGAAGGCAGCCAGGUCGUCAAGGUUGGGAGGAGCUUUUUGGUUGAUGCGUAGAUUUUGGAACCAGCACCACCACACACACAGACAGGCGCGCGUGGAAAACACAACAAGAAAAAAAAAACAAACAAAACGAGAGAGUGUGAGUUUGUAUGGGGAGGGAAAAAAAGCUGGGCGAAGCCGCCAAGUAAUCGAUAAUCAAUACGCGAAAACCACUGCGUAGAGGUCCCCAAUUAGCCGAAACAAUACAAUAAAUACACACAACCGUUGCGAUAAAAGCCCAGCGUGUAAGUUAUCUACGAAUUCGUCGAUGUUUACGAAUCGUCAGCGAACCGCUUCGAAUAGUAAAUAUAUCUCGUCAUCGUGUCUCGAAACUCGAUAGUGAAAGCUCGAAAGCUUCUCCUGCUUCGUCAUCGGCGUCCAAGUCCUUAUCAGUAACGAGUCGUCUGUGCGUUCGUCCUUUCUACAUCGUAACAGGUCAUCAACACCCGACGACUCCCACAGCUCAACGCACUAAAGUGAAACCACAAAAGCACGUAAAUCUUAGUGUGUAGAGCGCGUGUCACGCGUGAACCGUUCGUCCUGUUUCGGCGUCCCCGAAAUCUAGUUAAUUCCGUGCGUCCACACCAAAAUCGUCGUCGUCGUCGUCGUCUAUCGAUUGGCCCUUGCGCCCAAAACUGAACAGAAACGUGUAAAUACACAACAACCAUGAAUAUUCGAUUUGAAGCCGCGAUAGCCGAGUCGAAAUUCAAACCAUCGUUGUCGUCGUCCUGAAACUACUACAACUGACAACAAACAACAAAAGAAGUGUGUUAAUAACUUUUUUUUCCUGUGAUAUUACGUAAAAAGUCGAGAGGUAGAGCAAAAGAAAGCGGCGCGGACAAUUUCCGGAGCACGAAGGAGGGCCUCGAGGCUAGCCACCGUAGGACGUUGAACCAUCAAGCAAGUGUGACCGGCGUGAAUGACGAUGGACUUUACGCCGCUGCCGUCCGAGCUGGAGGAGCUGAUCCUGUGCAGCUGCUGCCACCUGCCGUUCAACGACACGGACGCGGUGCCGAAGCUGUUCUCCUGCCGGCACUACUUCUGCCUCAAGUGCGUCCAGCAGGUGCUGAUGAAGGGCAGCGAGCUGUACUGCGUGCACUGCUGGAAGCGCACCGAGCUGAGCGGGCUGGCCGACAUGAAGCCGGAGAACCUGCCGACGCACAACGCGAUCCUGUACCUGUCGCAGAACCUGAGCAUGAUCUCGAGCAGCGGCAGUCCGGCCGCGAGUGGGGCCCCGUCAACGGCGGCGGCGGCGGCGGCAGUUGGGGGAAGUGUUGGCGGUGUGAGUGGAAACGGGACGAAGAAACCGCCCGACAAGAGUGGCACGAACGGGACGGCCAGUACGGCGGCGGUGGUCGUCAGUAGUGUAACGACUAGUGUAACAAGUGCGGUUAGCGCCAGUGCGGCGAGCAAUGGCAGUGCGAACGGGAAUGGUAUCGGGAUUGGGGGUGGCAAUGGCGGUGGUAAUACGGGUGGAGCGAUCGGUUCGGGAAAGUAUCGAAGUAAGGGCGAAAACUGUCUAACGCACGCGAUGCCAAACGCGCUGUGGUGUCUCAAGUGUAACGUGCUGCUGUGCCGGGCGUGUGCCAGCACCGAGGAGCACCGUAAUCACACGGUGAAGACGCAGGCCGAGGCGCGGGACCAGAUCCGGUCGGAUAUUGCGUCGGACUUGCUGCUGAUGCAGAAAUCGUUGUCCGAGCUGCAGCACUUUGUGUUUAAGCAGCGUGACUUUCUGCUCAAGAUUCUGGAGGCGUGCACGGCGCUCAAGACGCAGGUCGAAACGGAACUGAUCAACCAUCUGCCCACGUUCGAGGUGGCCGAAAUACGAAGUAAUCUUACCAAAGCAAAGCUGUUUCUCAGCAUGCUCGAGCAGCAAUCGCCGGCAGAGGCGUACAAGCUGUACGCGAAUUUGAAUAUCGAGAAGCAACGUCUUCAGUCCAAGUACCAGGAGAUGUACCUGCAGUGCAAACUGGACGAUCUGAUCCAGCAUUACGGCGUUUUGUUUGACUUUGAGCUGAUCAAGCAGGCUCUCUCGAAUCUGAACACGAUCGAUCCGAUUUCGUUCGGGAACGGUGCAAUCGGUGGAGGUCUCGGAGUGACCGCCAGUGGCGCCACCAUUAACGGACAUCACAACUCGAUCCUGCUACUGGCCAACUACUGCAUCUCGCAGCUGUACUCCCGGCACAUCCUGACCACAAAGCAUCACCAGCAACAGCAGCAGCAACACCACCAUCAUCAGCAGCAUAUGGACCACAGUCUCAGCUACUCGCAGUCGAGUGCCGUGGUUCCACACUCCCCGAACCACGGCGGUCUACUCGGAGGACCACCCGGAAUGCCACAACCACCGCAGCUCUCCGGAAGCUACGCCAGUCAACUCAACGAUAUGGCCAUCAUCAUUGCGCCUCCCCUGCACCAAUCCGGCAGCCGAACCGACGGAUCCAACUCGGCGCGAACGUCCGGCUCCGGGUCGGCCUAUCUCAGCGAGAUUCUCAACGGAAGCGCCAUGCAGCAUCUGCAUCAACAUUCCGGAUCUUCCCAGCACCAGCCGUUGACGCCGCCGGGCCACCCGCUGUCGUCGUCUUCUUCCAGCGUGGUUUCCCUCGUUCCUUCCUCGGCCCAGCAGCAGGUCCAGAAGCAGGUACAGGCCGCGGUCGGUUCGCUGCUGUGCAACCCGUCCGUGCACGUGUACCCGAUCUACUACUUCAACAUCGAAAUCAACGGGCAACCGUUCGGGCGGGUCCUGAUCGAGGUGCGCAACGACGUCGCCCCCAAGAUGGCCAAGAACUUUGGCGCGCUCGCCAGCGGCGAUCUCGGCUUCGGCUACAAGGGCUGCAGCAUCUUUCAGUGCUGGGAGAACGAGAGCAUCAUCACGGGCGACUUUGAGCUGAACAACGGGCGCGGCGGCCGGUCCGUGUUCGAGGAGGGCUUCUUCAUGCCGGACGACACCAAGAUCCUGGCGAUCCGCGGCUCUGUGGGGAUGCGGCGCAGCCAGAAGCGCCACGACAACAUGGGCCUCGUCGGGUCCCAGUUCCGGAUCAUCCUGCGCGAGAUGCGCGGCUUCACCGGGAUCUUCGCGUUCGUCGUGGAGGGACUCGAGCUGGUCGAGAAGAUCAGCCAGGCCGGCGACUCGGCCGGGAAGCCGCAGAGCAGCGUCAUGAUCGUCAACUGCGGCAAGUGGCAAUAGGGUGGUUGGUUUGGUUGGGGUGAGAGAAAUACGUAUCUGGACAGCCGGCUGUUGAUAGUUUUUAUGUUAUACACUUGUUUCGGUAUUAGAGCGGCUUUUGUUAGCGCAGGGUGUGUUACAAUUUUAUUAGACUAUUUUUGUAGGUUAAUGGCGGUGCGUGAAGCUGCGGACUAUUGAGUGGUUGCACUAAGCACUUACUAAGAGAGAAAUUCGAAAUAGAGCAAAAUGAGAGCUCAUUGAUUGAGUUCCGAGUUUUUCUGGAGUAGAUUCAAUCUCACUAAAACAUUCGCAAAUAAAAAGUCAAACGUAGCCUCAUGUGCUGUCACAUUUCUUAACAGGAUAAUGUUUGUAAACAAUAUGUAAACAAUCAAAUCUAGUGACACCUAAGGUGGUAAUAGACUACGCCAAACAAACAAACUCGCACUUUUUGACGUUUUGUCUUAUUUGUUUGCCUGCAUACAUUUUGCCCUGCCUGCGAGUUUGUCGCAAACAAGUUUGCGAAUUUGGCAAACGGUCAAACACGAAAAGUGCGAAUUUGUUUGUUUUUGUCACAGUCUAAUGCUUCCUUCAGAAGAAAUCGGAAUUAUUUAUGAAAAUAACUCUUGGAUGAUCAUUUGCACUCAUUAGUCCGCACUUUCCGCGCACUCGCGUCACUUUAUAUAGGAAAAAAAUGCAUUUCUCGCAAAAACGUAGCUGUUGAACUUUUAAGUGAAAUAUUUUACUAGUGUGUAGUUGAAGAAAAAAAAAAACACGUCGAACGGGGAUUGGAAAACCAAAUAAAGUGACGGAUCAAAUCCGGCCGACAUAAAAUGCAAAAAAUCUGAAAAAAAUAACUUAGAAUUUUAUCAGCGACAAAAAAACAAAACGCUGAAACUUACUUAAGGGAAACGGUACACGACUGUAGGGUUUAAGGCAUCGCGAGUAACGACUUUCGGAAAACGGAUCGAAAUUAAGCUAAUAUUUAUCAUCGUCUAGUUGUAAACAGUCCAAGUCCCUAAUCACAUCUUAUAAAGAGAGAGAAAAAAAAACGACGAAAGGCGAGAACCAGUACAGGGUGACACAGUUUUUCAUUUAACCUAGUUACCAAAGUUUCCUAGCAGCGAAGCAAAACGAAGGAUCUUUUUAGACGGAUAGAAGAAGAAGAGAGAGAGAGAGAGCAUAAAAGGACAAACGAAAGUGGAACAAAAUCUUGAUACUACACUAACCUAUUCCACCGAUCAAUAUGAGAAGAGAGAAGGGAAGAGAAAACCGAUUUCGUUUUACUACUACUAUCCGUGAUUUCAGGUACGAUUCAGCGAUUCGCAAAGCGAGCGUAGUUUUUAAGGGAAAACGUGCGAAAUAAACAAUACAUAUAUGAUUCGGCAUAGUCGAAAACGCGAGCAACUUUUAUGGAAAGCGAAAUACACACACACAACACACCCUCUCACUGUAUAACUUGUAAUGAAGCAUGUAAAACGUAUAUGAAAAGCUAAUCCAACAUUAAAAAAAAACACAAGAAACAAAAUCAGAUGGAAAAGAAAGUACAAUAACAAGUGAAAUCGUUAUUCACGCGGAAUGUUGUCGAGAAACGGGAUAAAUCUAGCAAAUAAUGUAAGUCUAUUUAAACAGAAAACCAGAAACAAAAAAAAAGUGGUGAAUGUACACAGAGUCUAUUUUACUGAACGGUAGUCGAUCGAGAAAAAAAACAAGAAAAUGCAAAAAAAGAUAGUAAAAUGUGUUAGUGUUGCUAAUAUAUCUAUUUAUACAUGCAGAACGCGUAAACCAGCAAGAUGAUUGUAGCGAAAAAACUAGCUGAGACCCCCCUCUAAUCUUAUGCGAAAGAUAGUAAACACUUGACACCUGCUUGACAGCCGUCAGCGUUGGAUAUCGACGAAAGAUCAUUGAAUGAUUUUUGAGAGAAUUUCAAGAGAAAUGCAGAUCUCACUAAUACAUUCACGCGUGAAACGUCGAACGCUCUCAAAAUGAAGUUUUGAGAUGAUUCCAUCGCUGAUAAACCUACACAAACAUCACACACACCUACACAAGUUCCCGAAUUAUGUCGUUAGGAAUAGUUUAUGAACGCGAAAGAAGAGACUGAAUGUUUUCGAAAACGAUGAAAGCUAAACUAGGGAUAACAACACGUUGCAUUACGAAAUAUCGCAGAACCGAGUAAAAACAAUAGUUAAACGUCAUAAACAUCGGAGCGAAAAAUACAGAACGAGCAGUUUCGGACCACACGAAUACAUAGAAAAAAGCGGAACUACCAACUUCACACACACCGACAUAAUUUAACCAAAACAAUCGAAAAACGGACUUUAGGCCAGCGUUAACCAAGGCAGCAGAGUGUACUUCGAAAGAGUGUAAAAAUACAUAAAACGGGUUUGCGGAAAAACAAAAUAGUCUAACAAGAAAUCGAACCAACUUCAAAUUGCUCCAGCAAAACUGGCAACACUGCGCGCACUCGAAAUCACUAGCUAAAAUGGCAGUUUCAAACACGUCAACACAGAAUUUGCGCAGCAAAGUAGAAGGGAAAAGUAGUGUGGUCUGAGACUGAAAACCCCGGGCUUACUUUGCGCGUGUACACUCUGACAUUUGGUUUUGAACAACAAUCACUUGAGUUCUGGCAACACGGUAGAGGAUCUUAGAUCCACUUGCUACACACAUGACGUCAUGAUGGAAUGAAACGUAAGGCCUUUCAAAUUGGUACAAGAUCGAGAUAAUCAAGCGGAAUGAUUUCGGGAUAAAUUUAUUGAACCUCUAUUGAUAUGAAUCCACGUGUAUCACUUUACAAAUCGUUCGAACAAGCAAAAAGUAAAAUAAAACUCAAUUACAGAACAACAUGCAAACAAUGUAAUCGUCGUUAGUAGUCGUCGUCAGCAGUGAAACUAUGUUAUCAAAGAGCUAACAGUACAGAGCAAACGUAAGAUCGACGUAAAUUAAACAACAAAAUAGAGCAAAAUUAUAAUAUCCAACAUGCUUACCAAUCGAUGUUGUAUCUCUUAUUGUAUCUUACGAGUGCGUGCACGCACGACUAAUAAAAUUAGCCGAGAACAAAAGUAUAACCAACCAAUUUAACGAGCAAACAAAAAAAAACAACAAACAAGCCAUCAAAUGUUUACGUAACGCUGUAGUUUUAAACUAUUACGAAAUAAAAAAGAGUAAAAAUGCAAUUCUAUCAAUUACCAACAGCACACCAUUUGAAGAUAAAAUAACCAGAUAAACACUCACACACACACAUACGGAACCGUAAAUGCACAUUAAACAUACACACUUACACGUUAAAAACAAGUGAACAAAAAAGGAACGCAAACUGUACCUGGUGUUAGAGAGCAAGAAUAAAACAGAACAACAAAAACAUAUUAACAAAUAGUACACAUAAAAUAACGGAUUGUAAUGAUUGCGCGAAAAAAAAAACCAAACAUAAAAAUCGAGAGGAGAGUGAAAAGAAACGAUAGAUAUAUUUUUGUCUUCAACUUCGGAACUGCAGCGCAUGUAAAAGAAAAAAAAUAGCAUCCACUCUAUUAAGAUGAACGUUUAAACCCAAAUCGAACACGAAACCCUGCAGAUCUGUUGCACCUCGGAACUGGCUCUUUCAUAAAAAAGGUUAUCAAGUACCAACGUAUCCACAAUUCCUAUUAAGUUCAAAUGUUAAAAUCUCACUAAAAGAAACCAAAAUUCACAACCAGAACGGAAAAAAAUAAACAUAAAUGACGAACGCAACUUACCAAAAAAAAAUGCAAAUGUUAGCAAAACAGAACUACCAUUACAAUCUACCUAUAUAUCUACUAUCGGUGAGCGAAACAAAAAAAAAAUGAACAAGAAGCGAACAUAAAGCGAAUAUAUAAAAAUUCCACGGAAUGGAAGCGGACCGGAUCGUAUAGCGAAAAAAAAA